CUUCCACUCGCUGCUCCCGGCAAUCAAGGCCAACUUCCACUCGCUGCUCCCGGCAAUCAAAGCUGGUGCGCCAUCCACUCGCUGCUCCCAACAAUCAAGGCCAAUGAGCCUUCCACUCGCUACUCCCGACAAUCAAGGCCAAUGUGCCUUUCACUCGCUGCUCCGAACCAUCAAGGCCAAUGAGCCUUUCACUCGCUGCUCCCAAAAACCAAGGCCAAUGAGCCUUCCACUCGCUACUCCCGGCAACCCAGGCCAAUGAGCCUUCCACUCUUUUGCAACAACACGGUCCUUACAGCACACCAAAAACAUCACCACACUCGCUCAUCACACUCGCUCGAUCAAGGCAACCUCGUCAUUCAGCGGCUCUGCCCGGUCGACACGUGUGCACCAUCCACUCGCUCGGAGGCCGAUCAAGGCACCGACGACAGACAGACGCUCUGCCCGGUCGGCCUUCCAGCCCGCUCUUUCACCCUCUCGAAACAGGCGAAGUCCCUCGAGGGCACCCAAUCCACACUCGUUCGAUCAAGCCACGCCGGCUUGGAGGUGGACGGACGAUCGAAUACGGCGGAGACUGGACGAUCGGACACGGCGGAGACUCGCGAUCGGAUACGGCGGAAACUCGCAAUCGGACACGGCGGACGGCGGCGAAUUGCAGCUGGCGACCGAGGGGGUGGAUGGGCACUGCAGGCAUACCACAUCAGAUUGUCUGCUGUGCAUGGUCGGUUGGACUUGGGCUUGGGCAUCUUGUCGGAUGCGGCGGAGGAUGAGUGAUGGUGGCUGGCGACCGAGGGGCUUGGAUGGGCACUGCAGGCAUACCACAUCAAAUUGUCUGCUUUGCAUGGUCGGUUGG